AUGGAACUCAAAGAUAUGAUCAUGAUACUCAUGUGCUGCCAGCUGCUCGCUACAGUGUAUCGCUUAGGCAAACACCAUGAGUUGCUCUGUCGAGCUGCAGUCAACAUGAUUCGAGAACUGUUGCUGGUGAGUUUGUUCUAUCUGGGGACCAGGAGUACCAACGGUAUCCAAAGAUGGGGUGCACAGUUCGGACAGGCCCCAUUAUUGGAAAGAUUUUUCUGGAGAACGUUGGACUACGCCUAUCCGGACGAAACCAGCAGAAGAAUCGCGAUGAUGAAGGGGGACUUUGUCCCGGAGAAUGCACUGCCCGUUGGAAUCGAAAUAUGGCGCAACAGACUCUUCGUCACCGUUCCAAGAUGGCGGAAUGGGAUUCCAGCCACGUUGAAUUAUAUUUCACUGGACUCGAAUCGAGGGGGCUCGCCUAGGCUCACUCCCUAUCCUAAUUGGGCGCAAAACAAGGCUGGUGCUUGCGGUAGUGCGAUCACUAAUGCUUACAGAAUACACGCAGACGCUUGUGACAGAUUAUGGGUGUUGGAUACUGGCACUAUAGGUAUUGGAAACACAACCAUACAGGCCUGUCCCUAUACUCUGAAUGUCUUUGAUUUAACAACAGACAAGAUCAUGAGGCAAUACAGACUGAGAGCUGAAGACAUCAAUAUGAACACUUUCAUCGCCAACAUCGCCGUGGAUAUGGGGAAAGGUGGCUGCAACGAUGCAUUCGCCUACAUGUCGGACGAGCUCGGCUAUGGCCUGAUAGUCUACUCCUGGGAACAGAAUAAAUCAUGGCGGAUCACCCACAGCUAUUUCAUGCCAGAUCCUCUGGCUGGCGACUACAACAUCGGUGGGUUGAAUUUCCAAUGGGGAGAGGAGGGGAUCUUCGGUAUGAGCUUGUCACCCAUCGCUGCGGAUGGGUUCAGGACCCUCUUCUUCCACCCACUGAGCAGCAGGAGGGAAUUUGCUGUCUCCACGAGGAUCCUCAGGGAUGAACAAUUGUCCCAGGAUAGCUACCACGAGUUCCAGGUGCUUCCUGAGAGAGGACCACUUGGCCACUGCACGUCGUCCGUGAUGGACGAAAAUGGCCUCCAGUUCUUCAACUUGAUCGACCAGAAUGCAGUGGGCUGCUGGAACUCUUUGUUGCCAUACGCGGCUGAGAAUCAGGCGAUCGUUGUCAAGCAUGACGAGGCUCUGAUAUUCCCAGCAGACGUAAAGGUGAACCGUGGAUUGAUAUGGAUGAUCUCGGACAAGAUGCCAGUCUUUUUGCUGUCAACUUUGAAUUACACGGACAUAAACUUCCGAGUGUUGACAGUUCCGGUCCGUGACGCCAUUGCUGGCACCGUUUGUGAAAAUUCACCGUGGACAGUCAGUAAUUCCAUUUGGUGGGAGGCUUGA